AUGCCUUCGAGAUUUCCGGAGGUGCAUUGUGCUAUCCUUUACACUUCACAGCAGGCUGUAGAUGCGGCAACUGGCCUCGCAAUAUUGCCAGUCCUGAGUCACUAUACUGGCAGUUCUACACUACGGCAUUUCUGCCACCAACUCGUCAACACAAAUGUGAUACCACUACUCACGUCAGGGCUUACUGACGGGCAUGUGCGAGCCUGA